AUGAGUUCGCACAACCGGAGCCAAAGCAGUGCGCGGCGCAGCGACUACGUGUGGCAAUAUGAGUACUACGACGAGGAGCCCGUCUCUUUUGAAGGACUCAAAGCGCACAGAUACUCCAUAGUAAUCGGAUUCUGGGUCGGACUUGCAGUGUUUGUUAUUUUUAUGUUCUUUCUUCUCCUGCUGCUCACCAAGACUGGAGCUCCACACCAAGAGAAUCCAGACUUUGAAAACAUCCAUGGUCCACGGAGCGGUCUUGUGGACAUAAGUGCACCAAGAGAUGACAACCACAAAGCCUUUUGUCGUCCCUUCUUGCCGGAGUCCCGCUCCUACUUCAAUUUCUACAUCAGUGAGGCUGAAGAGAGUAAGAGGAGGCAGAAACCAGAAGAGACGCAGACGGGGUCACCAAAAGCAGGGAGUAUCCCCCCUGAAGCUAUAGAUCAGGAGGACCCAGGCUUCGGGAUUGUAGAUGAGCGGACACCAGACAGAGACUGUGUAUUCUUGUCCCACUUCAACAUCCCAAACUUUAUCAACUUUGAACACAGCUCUUCGCUGGGAGAUGACCUGCUGUGUGAGACACCCGGCACACUGGACCAGAACCAGCAUGACCCACAAAGUGACAUCCACUGA